GAGCGGCCGGGUUCUCGGGGAUCCGCGGGGUCGGGCCUCGGACGGGGGCGUCUCGGGAGCCCGGCCCGGGCAUCCCCCGGGAGGCGUCCCUCCCGCCCGCCCGCCGGCCCAACUCCGGGGCCACUCCCCCGCCCCACCCCGUCCCCAGGGCGCAGCCGGGGGCGGGGCCGCCUCGGUGCCUGCAGGACGCGGUUCGGCGCUCACUGUGCCCCCUCUUGAUCUGUGGCCUCGAGAACAAGCCCGGUCCCUGGGCUUGGAGGUUCGACGCUGCCGGCAGAGCGUGCCUGGGGGGUUGUAGCCAGGGCAGGUCCCAGGUCCCAGGUGGCCUGGAGAGGACAGGGCCCGGUCUCCCAGCCUGAUGCCCCUGGUCAUCAGAAGAAAGUGGUGUCAUGGAUAGACGUGUAUGCUCGUGCCACCUGCCAGCCGCGGGAGGUUGUGGUGCCCCUGACCAUGGAGCUCAUGGGCACUGUGGCCAAGCAACUGGUGCCCAGCUGCGUGACGGUGCAGCGCUGUGGCGGCUGCUGCCCUGACGACGGCCUGGAGUGUGUGCCCACUGGGCAGCACCAAGUCCGAAUGCAGAUCCUCAUGAUCCGGUACCCAAGCAGUCAGCUGGGGGAGAUGUCCCUGGAAGAACACAGCCAGUGUGAAUGCAGACCAAAAAAACGAGAGAGUGCUGUGAAGCUGGACAGCCCCAGGCCCCUCUGCCCACGCUGCCCCCAGCGCCGCCAGCGCCCUGACCCCCGGACCUGCCGCUGCCGCUGCCGACGCCGCAGCUUCCUCCGUUGUCAAGGGCGGGGCUUAGAGCUCAACCCAGACACCUGCAGCGGGGCCAUGGGGUGGCGUCCUGUGGACCAGGCCAGCUGGGGCUUCCCAGGAGUGUUAGGGGAGAAUGAGGUUCACAGAAGGUGCCGGAAGCUGCGAAGGUGAUACAUUGCUUUUCAAACUCCGUGGGGCCACUUGCCUCGCAGGCCUGCCCAGAGGGCAACAAGAGGGCAUCCUGGUGAGAACAGUCCAGUCCCCAAGACCUCAACCUGGGCGGAAGCUCCUGCAGGACCUGGGCCUCUCAGAGGGCUUUCCAACUGCCCCUUGUCUCUCUGAGGCUGCCGUCCAACAAAGUGGACAGAGUUGGAUGAAGAGACCUGGAGGCAGCACGAGGGGUCAUGUACCAUCUUGGGAGAGAAUGGGGUCCCGGCUCAGUUUUUAACCACCUUGUGCAAGUGAGCAUCUUACAACUGGCUCCUCCACCCCCUCACUAAGAAGACCCUGGUCCUCUACAAAAAAAUGAGAGUUGGGCUUCAGUACAAGAACUGUGAACCCCAGUCCCGAUAAAAGAGAUAGAAGGAA